GCCGGUGUUGGCUCAGUCGCUCGCUCGCUCGCGCUCACCGGCGGCGGACAUGAGGGGAAUGUAACGGCAGGAUGUGAACAUCAGCAUUACAGAGUCGUGCUGCUGCAGACACAGGACACAGGACACAGGACAUGUAGAGGAUCCCCGCGCGCGUCGGUGAGUGGCGCGUGCGCGUCUGGCGGAAUUUAUUUUUUAUUUUAUUUUUAAUGAUAAAGCCGCGGUUGAAAAUGCGCGGUGCGUCGGCGCGGAGCUGAAGCGCAACUCACUUACAGGGAUUACAUAUUAAUCAUAAGAAGAAUAAGAACAACAACAACAAACCCGCAAUCUCAAUGAUCAACAGCGCGCGGGUGCGUGAAUUCAGGCGCGCUCGUGCGCUUUAUUUGUCCGAGAUGACCGGAUGAGGAAAGGACACGCGACUGGUCUCGAGCAGCAGGUUCACCGGCGGACACGCGCAGGUGGCGCCCUCCAGGCCUGUAAACACACUCGAGCAGGGAUCAUGUUCUAAAGUGGACCGAACAUGAAAAGCAUAGGGGCCAGCCACACUCGUCACUUGUCGGACUCCUGCAUGCCUGUGGCAGGUCCCCAGGAGCCGAUAUGUCCCUUGACCCCAGACCCCCAUGGGACGUACCUCCUAAGCCCCACCAUCAGCCAUUAUGGCACUCUGGAUCCCCACAUGCACCACUUCCCUCCUGCAAGCCCCAUCACUCUGCAGUCCGACUGUCUGCUACCGCUCAACAACCAGCUGACCACCAGCAACACCUUCCCUCGCUUCCAGUUCCCCUCCCAGGUUGAUCAGACUGAGUACACUCAGCAGGGUUGCAUGUCUCAGACGGCCUCUCGCACGGGCACCCUCACCACCUCUGCAUCUAUGGGAAUGGGCUUAGGGCUAGGACUCACGGUUCCACCUAUGAUCAGUAGUGGCACAGCAACGAUCUCCUCAGCUGCAGCAGCCAAGAUGAAUCGGAUCCCGACUGGCCUGCUGGACCAGCUAGAGCACCAUGUUCCACUGCAACGCGAUGGCUUCAGCACGCUUCAAUUCCAUAGGCGGAGUCGUGGCACUAAGCAACGCAGCGAGAGCCCUGGUCGCAUCCGCAACCUGGUGCAUUCCGUCCAAAAACUGUUCUCCAAGACUCAGUCUGCGGAGGGCUCGGGUGGUAAGGGGACUGUGCAGGGAGCCGAUGGCACCAAGGCCACACAACGGUCCAAGAGUAAGGACCGUGCUAAGACAGAGGGAGCGAAGAGACGUGGACGGCCCAACCUCUCCGGUUUCUGGAGUUCAGAUGACGCUCUGGAGGAUGAAGCAACGACACAAGAGGCAACCGGUCCUGUGGCCGUAGCUUAUCGUAACCCACUGAGCAUGAUGACAUUGGGCAGGGCAGUGUCAGACAGCCAGGCGCCUCCCAGAACCCAUGUACAGGGCUACAAUACCAUCGCUGCUCACCGUACUCUCAAGCCCUCCAAGAGCAGUGGAGAGCUGAAAACCCAGACAUUGUCCUCGACUGGUGGAACAGCAGGGGAUGUUACACUGGCAAAAAGAGGCUCGUGGUCAACGCUAACUCUUAGCCAGGCCCGGCAGGUGCUACAGAAAGGCACGGCCACAGUGAACCGGACCCUACUCAAGUCUAAGUCCUACCACCAGGAGCUGACGUCCAACUUCCUACAGGUUCCUGUUGGGGAUUGGAGUGGGACGCUAGAUAAGGGAGCGGGAGCAGGAGGGGAUAUCCCAUGUAGGAGAAUGCGCAGUGGCAGCUACGUCAAAGCCAUGGGCGAUCCCGAGGACAGCGACCAGUCUGACAGCCCUCCCUCGCCAAAACCCUCACCAAAAACAGCCGCUCGGCGCCAGAGCUACCUAAAGGCCACACAACAGUCGCUCAGUGAACAACAACCGCCUCUGCCACCUCGCAAACACCGCUCAUGCCCGUUCAUGUGGGAGCAGUACGGGGUUGCGUGGGCUCCUCUACAGAACGCCUACUCCAUGCAGCACCUGGCAAGCUGCUUGCCGUCUCUACGAGAACUCACCACCAACCGCAGUCUGGAUAACCUGGACUGUCUGGUGGGGCAGAGCGAUUCUCAGCACUGGGACAGAGAAGGGAACUUCGGUCACGGCUCGUCCACACUCGGACGAGGUUCUGGCAUUAGUCAGAUGGAUCAGAGCUGUCUGUGCUCGGCGGUUUACGGCCACAUGGACUCGCAGGCGGUGGAGGCUCUGGAUCUGCCGGGGCCGACCUGCUUCCGCUCGCGCAGCCACAGCUACUUGCGUGCCAUCCAGGCCGGCUGCUCUCAGGAUGAUGACGACUCGGACUCAGACGACCCUCCACUGAUCAGCGGCAGCAACACGAGCACCCAUAAUAAGACUCCGCCCCCGGUCCCGCCCCGCUCCGCCUCCAAGCCCUUCAUCUCGGUGACAGUACAGAGCAGCACGGAAUCGGCGCAGGACACCUACUUGGAGCAGCGCAGCGAGGCCAACAGCCAAUCGGGACGCAGCAACUCUUCAGACAGCGCCACCAGCUCGAGGACGGGCAGCCUAGCCAAAGCUCCUCUCCCCAUCCCCCUGGUGCCCCCCAUCCCUGUACCAGUGCCCAGUGCCCGUGUGAGCAGCCCCCCUCCUCCUCCUGCCCGAGAAACCCAAACCGUGAGCGUCGGCUUCACGCAGGACGAACCUCGGUGCGCCGCCAGGAGGAAACUCUCCUCCAUCGGCAUCCAGGUGGACUGCGUUCAGCCCAUGCUCCGAGAGGAACACACUCCCACCACGAAGUUCCAGUCCAUCGGAGUUCAGGUGGAGGACGGCAGGCCGCUGAGCCGCUUCAGCAGCAUGGCGUCCAGACAGGAGACGGCCGACGCCGAGACUCAGGACCGGAUGGACGGUAAAGCGUCGGAGAACAUCGGCACCACUUGCAGCACUCAGACGCUGGACUGUCCCGGCAGCGUGGGGAGAGCACAGAAAUCCUCUUUCACCAUGCCGGAGAGCAUCGAGGAGGCUCUGGACCCGUCCUCCCUUCCUCCUCCUCCUCCAUCCUUGCAGAGUGUGAGCGUGAACGGAGCGUCAGAGCAGCCCGGGGCCCCGACGGUGUGCCUCAGGGAUGGACACUGCUUCCUCCGACUCCUGCAGGCCGAGACGGGCCGCAUGGACGCCUGGUGCCAGCAGAUGGAGCAGGAAAGCAAAGAGAAGCAGCUCUCAGAAGAAGUGCUGGGGAAGAUCCGCAGUGCGGUAGGCAGCGCUCAGUUGCUCAUGUCUCAGAAGUUCCAGCAGUUUCGAGGCCUGUGUGAGCAGAACCUGGACGUGAACGCUCAGCCACGGCCCACUGCUCAGGACCUGGCUGGCUUCUGGGAUCUUCUGCAGCUCUCCAUCGAGGACAUCAGCAUGAAGUUCGAAGAGCUCCACCUGCUCAAGGCCAACGACUGGAAACUGCCAGAGAGCAGCAGCAGCAAAAAGGAGGAGAGGAAGCCGAGCGUGACGACGCCGAAGAAAGCCCCGAAGCCCAAAGCUUCUUCGAAGGAGAAGAGCAGCGGAGACUCGGCCGCUGAUAAACAGAGACAGGAAGCGCGGAAGCGGCUGAUGGCUGCCAAACGAGCCGCAUCCGAGCGCCAGAACUCUGCCACGGAGAGCGCCGACAGCAUCGAGAUCUAUGUCCCUGAGGCUCAGACUCGCCUCUGAGAGAAACCACACAUAUACACACACAUGCAUACUCGCACGCUCCUGAAGCGGACAGAGACUACGAACAAUUACAAACUUGGGGGAGAUAAAUAAAUAAAUAAACAAACAAACAAACACAUAAAUAAACUGUGCGUCAGUGCGGAGAUUCGCGGUGCUGCUGAGGAAGUUUAUUACUGUUCUACUUGUUAUAAUAAGAGUUAUUAUACAGAGCUGUAAUUAUCUCACGGAAUAUAUCAAACGCCCGCCUGUAAAUUUGUCUUCAUAUCUCGGACGCCACGUCACGUGUGUUUGUGUGGGAGUGUGUUCUAAAGAAUCCUACGCCCUUCAGUCACUCCGCCCAAUCAGACACAUCCCUUCCCCUCUACCCCCAAGCACGCACUCAGGAUUCUGCACGUGUGCACUUGUUUUACAGCAAUGUGGUCUUCCUUUCCUCACCUUCAUCAUCAUCACUAUUAUUAUUGUUAUUAUUAUUAUUAUUAUUAUUGUCAUUGGUUCGUCAUCACUUAUGGCAUUUGAAUCAUAGGAAUGUGAGAGGCAGUUUUUUAGGGGUUUUUUUUUGGGGGGGCACAAAUCCGUCCUAGACAUCACACAUUAAUUAAUUAAGUCAUUAAUUAGAUUUGUGGCGUUCACUGCGUUCACACUAACAAGCGACACGCAAGAUCCUUUUCCAGAUCGAACCUCCCGUUCGGUUUCAUUUUCUCCGUUUUGUAACACGCCAUAUAAGGUAUAAAAAAAAUUCAGUUUAUAGUUAUACAGCUUGUAACAUCCACGAAACAAAAAAAAAAACCCGCAGGUUGUGUUGAUACAAGCGUCAACUGCUACCGACUGUUAAAAAGCGUCGAUACUCGAGACUCCUUCCGAAUGUGCUAACUGUACGUCUCCUUACAGAAAGUUUCACCAUGUCAACAGUUACACACUUUUCUUUGUUAAUAACAAUAUUAUUAUUAUUAUUAUUAUUAUUAUUGGGCUUGGAUGAUUUGGAGCGUCCACCGUACUCGUCCCAGUGCAGGGAGGAGUUCUUAUUAUUAAUGAUGGAAACGAAAGCGUGUUGGAAAACUAAUCAGCCAAUCAGAUUUGAGAAUUCAGCAGCACUGUGGUGUAAAGGGUUUCACAUCAAAGUAAAGUUUUUAGACUGAACUUUUUUUUCUUUUUCUUUUCUGAAACUAGAUAGAGGUUAGGUUCGAAAACAUUUUACUCCUGUUCUCCAUUAUGCGUAUGAUGAUACGUUUUUGGACACUCCUCUUAAAAAUUUUGGCUCACUGAUCUUAGAAACGCUUCGUCAGAACACACACACACACACGCGUGAUAAACUAGCAGGUGUGAACUCAGGGUCAGGAUGCGGAUCACAAAAAAUAAGAGCAGGAGGAGGUUUAAUCCAUCCGUCUGAACUUUGUUUGGUUUGGAUUUGCCGGAGAUCAGCGUUUCAGCUGCAAAAUGUCCGACUAAUAUUUUAUCCUGAGUAAUCAGUCCAUGUUUUGCAAUUCCUGUUUGUAAUCAUUUUUAAUAUUUAAGCCACUUUGUCUUCGUGCUCAUCAUCAUUCUGUGUGUGAUAUGAGCUGUGAUUCUCGAAUCUUCUGCUUUCUGAAUGUAGAGGCGAAUCGAAAACACUUCAGCUGUGUGUGUUCAGACCUCGACUCGAUUUUUGAAGGUAUCAAGGGUUAUUUCAUUCCUGAAGUUCAUCCACAAUCUUCAGAUUGAAUUUUUUUCCCCCCUGCGAAUGUAAGGAUGUCUGAUACUGAUGAUCAGAUUUGAGAUGUGGGUUUUUUUCUGCUUUUUUGAUAUUUUCCGUCAAUCCAUUACCAUACUUUUUUCUUUUUUCUUUCUUUCUUUUUUUAUUUAUUGCAUAGCAGCACACUGAGGAUCAUUUCCAUCUUAGGCACAUCAUUAGCUGAAAGUUUUCAAGCGUCCCCACAGCAGCACUUUAUCAAUAAUGAGUAAUCGUGGCACGGAUAUCGCCGUGGAAACAGUACAGUGCUUAGCUCACACUUUAAAAAAAAAAAAAAAUGCUCCUCUGCUGUUCCUCUGUCAUGAUGAGAUUGUUUGUUUGAAAAAUUGUUUAUUUGGAUACUAGAGAACAUAUUACAUUUUUUAGAACGUUGGGGUUCUUCAGUUGGAUGGGAAGUUUUUAUUUUAUUAGAACCCAGUUCCAGACAGAGUAACUGUGCAUCACUUUUAGUUUCCAACCAUUAUCUUUGGAUCAGACUCCAACUUUGGAGUCAAUCCUGUGGAAAAUUCAUUCACGAUUCUGCAUCGCGUGAUUUGAAAAUAACCGUUUAUGACCAAUCUUGGUCCACAAUGGUUUGGUUUCCAAAAAUGGACGUGUAUAGAGACGUCAGGAAGAAAAAUUAAGCUUGGAAGAAGGUAGCAGAGAUUACAUUUAUGUACAUUUAUUACAUUUAUUUGUGGCAUUUGCCAGACGCCCUAAACGCCCUUUAUUUAUCUUGUUUAUACAACUGACUAGUUGGGGUUUAAGGGCCUUGCUUGCCCAACAGUGGCAGCUCACCAGUGCUGGGGCUUGAACUCCUGACCUUUGAUCAGUAACCCAGAACCUUUAACCCCUGAGCCACCACUGCACAAUUCAUUGGUGCUGCUGGUAAUCUUAGCCUCUAAUUUAAGGCUAAGCUAGUAGAAAGUAGACAUGCCAAUUAAGCAGUUAAUCUUCAGGCUGGGUAGUGUUUAUCUUGUUAGCUUUAGAAGAUAAAAACGCUGUACGAGCCACGGCCACAAGUGUGAUCCAACCCAUACAUAAAACUGGCUGUCCAAACACAAAAUGGCUGUCCAUCCCUGAAUACCAGCAACAUAAUUAAAUGUCUCUUCAUGUGCAAUACACUCCAAUUUCACAUUGUUCUAAACCAAACAUCGUAUUGUUUGCUAGGGUUAGCUUUAGAAUCUGCAGAAUGGUCAUCUUUUGGAUUAUAUUUUGAGAGGAAGCUGUAAAUUUUCAUUGUCCGGAGAAAUAUUAAACUUACUUUUCUUCUUUUU